AGUAAUUGAAGGGAAAUCCUCUCGGUUCACUUCAGUCAUUCUGGUUCUGUACUGCUCGGAUGGUAGGAUGGUGGUUCUGAAAGGGAUCCCCUCUGUUUUGUCCCCUGAUCUGCUGUAUGCUCUCGCCAAAAUGGGCCACGGGGAUGAACUGGUUCUUGCAGAUGCAAAUUUCCCUGCAUCUUCUAUUUGUGCAUGUGGCCCUAAAGAGAUAAGAGCUGAUGGUUUGGGAAUCCCACAGCUUUUAGAUGCAAUUUUAAAGCUGUUGCCCCUGGAUACCUAUGUCCCCAGCCCGGCAGCGGUCAUGGAUCUGGUAGACAGUGACAAACAAAGAUGUCUAGCUGUUCCUGUGUGGGAAACUUACUCACAACUCCUCAGCCAAGCAGGCUCUCAGAGUCCUUUGGAGAAAGUGGAAAGAUUUUCUUUUUACGAACGAGCCAAGAAGGCCUACGCAGUUGUGGCAACCGGGGAAACUGCUCUGUAUGGAAACCUAAUAUUGAAGAAGGGAGUUAUUCCUGCUGAGCUGCUGCAUUGAAGCCAAACUACUUUUGACAGAUGUUUUAAUUUUGUAUCUUUUUUGAGGAAUCUAAGUCAAACAUGUAAUUACUUUCUGUUAAAAAUGGUUAAAAUAAGGAAUCCACAGUGAUCACAGAAAUGACUUGCAUCUGACAAAAGUGAUAAGAAAAAAAAAAUUAUGAAAAUUAAUAAAUGAAAUGCCAGACAUUGUUUUCCAAUCGUGCUUUAUUGAAUGAUUAAAAACAACUAAACACACAAAACAGGCCUGGACAAAGAUGAUAUACUUUACUUAAUAGUUUUUAGAUGUUUUAAGGCAAUAACUUCAGUCGAACAAGUCGGGUAAGUGUCAAUAACAUUCUGCAUCUCUCAGCAGGUAUCUUGUCCCACACCUGAUGAGCAAACUGCACAUGUUGUCUCAGGUUUGAAGGGUGCCUGUUCUAGACGCCAUGUUUCAGCUCCUUCCACAGAUGCUCAAUAGAAUUAAAGUAAUUGCUCAUAGAUGGCCACUUCAGAAUAAUCCAAUGUUUUCCUUUUAAUCAUUCCUGGCUGUUUUAGGUGUGUGUUUUGGGUCAUUAUCCAGUUGCAGGACCCAUGACCUGCCACUGAAACCAAGCUCAUUUCUCUCUAUACACCAUUCAUAGUCUUUGGUUCUCAUUGUACCCUGCAGAGACUCCAGUCAUCCUGUUCAAGAUGAAGCAAAGCAGCCCCAGAUCAUAACAGAACCUCCUCCAUGUUUCACAGUACAGAUAAAAAGAGUAGGGAUUGAUUUGCUACAUUUUUGCGACUGUGACCAUGGAACUUAAAAUGUUAUCUCAUCUGGAUAUUUUCUCCGAAGUUUUUGUGGCCUGUCCACUUUGGCUCAAACAACAUUGGAAUGUGCGAUCUGAUACUGAUGUCCUUGAGCUUGAAGUCCACCUCUAAUCUCUUAAAAAAAAUGUAUGCUGGGCACUUUUGUUACCAUUUUAAUUCCCGUUCUCUUUGAUUUAUCAUCAGUUUGCGGCCACAUCCAGGGACGUUAGCUGCAGUCCCAUGGAAUUUAAAUUUCAGAAUAUGUGCAACUGUAGUCACAGAAACAUUGAGAUGCUUGGAGAUUAUCUUGUGGCCUUUACCUUUAACAUGCUUGUCUA